AUGAUGCUGAGGCCGGUGCUGCGCAACGCUCAGCGCGGCGCGGCUCUGGGCACGACGCGGCGCUUGAUGCUGCAGGCGGAGGCGUCCUCCGUCCUGGCCAAGGUGGGGCGCGACAUCCCCCUCAAGGUGGUGCCCCGCGCCGAGCGGCGGGCGGCGCGCAAGGCCGCCAAGCACUCGGCCGACGCCGCCGAGCACAAGGUGGUGCGCACGUCGUCGCUGCCCGCGCGCAUCUCGUUCGCGCUGCUGGCCGGCAGCAUCUCGGGCUCCAUCCUGUGGCACUUUGUGCUGGACGACGGCAUCAAGACGCGCAUCACGGAGACGCUGGGCGCCACGGUGCUGGGCGACGUGUACGCGUUCCUGGCCAAGAAGGUGGAGGAGACGGUCAAGCCAUUCACAGACCCGUCCAGGCAGAAGCUGCUGCCCGACUGGCCCAUCCCGCAGGUGCCGGCGGACACGCCGCCCGUGCCCGUGCUGGUGCUGGACCUCGAGGACACGCUCGUGCACUCCGAGAGUCUGAUGGUGUAUCGCUUUAUUAUUUUGCAGAGGAAGCACGGCUGGCGCCACGCCAAGCGACCGGGCGUGGACGAGUUCCUCGAGACGCUGUGCCAGUACUACGAGAUUGUCAUCUUCUCGCAGAACUACGGCGCCGAGGAGAUCGUGCAGAAGCUGGACCCCAAGCAGUGCGCACUGCACGUGCUCUCGCGUGAUGCCACGCGGUACCUGAACGGCGCCCACGUGAAGGACCUGUCCAACCUGAACCGCGACCUGCGGCAGGUGGUGAUCCUGGACGACGACCCGGCGGCGUACCAGCUUCAGCCGGAAAACGCCAUUCCGGUCAAGCCCUUCACAAACGGACGGGAUCGCGACGACCACGAACUGAAGGACCUGAUCCCGUUCCUCAAGGCUUUGGCUUCAGAGCGCGUGCCGGACUUCCGCCAGGUGAUCGGCGAGUUCCGCGAUGAUGACGGUGUGGUUCGUGAUCUGGCCACCAAGUACGGGGCCCGCGUGCACCAACUGGAGAUGGAGAAGGAGCAGAAGAAGAAGAAGGGCUUCGGCGGCUUCGUUCGUGGCCGGAUGUCCCACCACCCCGCGCCGCCGAACGGAGGUGUUGCUGCUAGCGGUUUUGGAGGUGGCCAUUGAGCUCUUAAUUGCGUCUGGGAAACUGAGCAGUGGGUGAUUUUCGUUGGGACUCGGACGCUGGCUGCUGUAGUUGAAGUCGUGGACUCCCCACGAAUUCGCUGCACUCCAAUCUGUUAUCU